AGGGACACGGAGUGAAAUGGAACAAUUUGAACAAAUGUGGAAUUAGGAGGUGAAUUUAUUUGAAAGAAAAAAAACAUGUUUGGAGGAGGAAAUCCAUUUUCUACUCAAGCAAAAACGAUUGGAAGUGGUUUAACGCUCUCAACAACCUCUAUUCCAGCAAGUCAAUCUCUCUUUUCCUUGACUCCAUGUACUGCUUCAGGAACGAUGUUUAACAGCGGUUUUACGACGACGGUUUCUUCAUCUGGAGCUUCGAUGUUUCCCGGAGUCAACACUAACAUUGUGACUUCUCUACCAAGUACUGGAAUUUUCAGUGGACUUCAAACAAAAUCAGCUGCAUUACCUGGGUUUAAUUUUGGUACUGGAACAUCAUCGACUGUUCCCCUGACGGGAUUAAAUGUUGGUUUUGGAGGAACAACAUUAAAUAUUCCGACGACGACUACGAAUACGACAACCAGCGUCGGUUUGGGUGGUGUCGAUAUUUCUCAAACUUCUACAGGAGGCGGCAUUUCAUCUACUCAAAGUGAUAAUAAAGCAGCUGUUAAAGAAACAAUUCUUCCAAAUGAAAUUUCUAGUUCUUUGGAAAUUUUCAAAAAAUAUGUCAAAGAUCAAAAAAUAAUAAGGGAAGAAAUAACAAGAGUAUCUUCUAAACCUAUUUUAAAAGUUCAAGAAGAAACAAUUGCUCUGAAACAGAUGCUGUCGAUUGUUUCCAAUGGUUUGCAAAGGAAUGCUGUUGCUGUCGAAAAACUUAAACAGGAGACUGCUCAAGAAUUGAAAAAUGCCGAAAUAGCUCAAAGAACUAAGGAUAUGCCACCUACGCUUCAGUAUGAAAAUACUGCGCCGGUUGAAUAUUUUCAGAACCUGGUCACUAAAUGUGAAAGUCAAAUGCAAUUAUAUCGUCAACAGAUCGAACAGCUAGAAAAGCAUCUAGUAUCAAUGUCACAACCGUCUGUUCUGACACCACAAGAACUGACUGUUAUUAUGAAAAGACUCCAUGAAGCAUUUGUUGCUCUUGCUGCUCAUCUUCAAUUGAUACACGAAGCUGUGCAUCAUCAAAAAGAACAGUUUUUGUCAUAUCGAAGAUUAAUAGAUGGAGACAACAAAAACAUAUUUGAACAGUUUAAGAAAAAUAAAAAUGGUAUUUAUUCGUAUCCCGAAAUUCCGGUUACAAUCGGUCCUGGUCCCUUCUCUAAUACUCCUAGUCCUGCGGCGAUUGCGAUGGCAUCGGCAUUGAAUCGAACUCAGCAUCCGUCAGGUGGUAGUUCGUUAGGAACCGUUUCUAAUCAAGGCGGAGGAUUUGGUUCGUCAGGAUUGGGAACAGGAUUGGGAACUGGAUCUUUUGGUGCUCAGCCAAAUUUGUUCUCUGGCUCCACGCUAAAUCUCGGAAGUAGCUCCAUAUUCAAACCCCUAGGUUCUCUCAAUACAAAUUCUACGUUUGGCAGUUCGUUAUUAGUUCCAAACAGUGAUGUAUCCCCGCAGACACCUUAUCCCAUAAGUAACCAAAAUAAGCCAUUUCAACUUCAGAAGCCUCCCGCAGGCAAUAAGAGAGGGAAGAGAUGGACAAGUACUUGAAACUAAACAGAACGUUGUUAAUGUCGAGAGUUUUAAGUUUACCUAUACAAAUUUUAAUAAUUUUGAAAUAAAAUUUUAUUGUAUUUUCG